GCUCGGCGGGCCUACACCGGCUGCUGGGAUUCCGCGAGCCUUCGCUGCUGGGAUCUGCCAGAGGCGGAACCUCCCCGGCCCGCUGGUGAGCUCCGCGUUGGGGGCUUCCUCAAUGCUGUCGCGAAGCUGCGGGAAGACGUGGCGCUGGUCGCUGUGUCCGCCGGGCUCAUCCCCACCCCAGGGGAGUCGCUCAAGGUGUAUGACCUUUCUCCGCCUCUGCCUUCGCCAAAGAAGGCCCAGAGCAGCUUUCUCCACACCCGCGGCUGCCGGGCGCUGGCUCUCUGGCCGCGGCUGGGCGCAGCGGAACUGGCGGCCUCCAUUUCGAAGGAUACCUUGGCGGUGUCUCGAGUUCGCCCGGAUGGAGGUCUGCAGGAGGGGCCGCCGGCAUUUUCUGCUUCCAAUCCGCACAACAUGCAGGAGGUGAUGGCACUCAGCUGGCAAGAGGAGGGCCGCCUUUGCAGUGGUGGCACCGCCGGGACUGUGAAGGCCUGGGAUCUCAACUCCCCGGCGCGAGCUCUCUGGACCUGCUCCGUGUGCCCCGGCACCUGGAUCCGACACCUCACGCGCUGCUCCGCCUCGGGUUGUCUGGUGGUGGGCCACUCCGAGGGGCUCUGUUGGGUGGACGGCCGAACCGGGCAAGCCGUGGGGCACAUCGCGGGCCUCGGGCAGGCCUACGCCAGUGCCUCGAUCACCGAGGACCUCCGUAUCGUUGCAUUUGGACGGCAGCUCAUGGCUCUGGACCGGCGCGCUGCCGCCCCUGCGCCCGAAUCUGCUGCGACUUUGGAUGCGGCUGCCCUGAGCCUGAGCCUCCACAGCUGUGGGGAGAGCAUGCAGAGCAUGCUGGUCGGUUUGAAGGAUGGUGCCGCACAGCUUUAUGCAGUGCAUGCGUGA